AUGAAUAAGACAAUGUCUUCCAUGGAUAUGGCAAUAGGAAUAAUGCUCUUAUCACAGACUACAGUUGGAAUUCUUGGUAAUUUCUCUCUUCUUUACUAUUAUCUAGUCCUUUACUAUCAAGGGUGCAUAUUAAGGCCCACAGAUUUGAUUCUCAAGCACCUGUUUAUAGCUAACACCUUUGUCAUUCUCUCUCAGGGAGUUCCCCAUACAAUGUCAGCUUUUGGGUUGAAACAUUCCUUCAGUGACUUUGGCUGUAAAGUCAUUUUGUAUAUUCAGAGGGUGGGCAGAGGUGUGUCAGUUGGUACCACCUGCCUCUUGAGUGUCUUCCAGACCAUCAUGAUCAGCCCCAUGAACUCCUGUUGGAAAGAUCUUAAGGUGAAAGUCCCAAGGUACAUUGAAUCCUCCAUUUCCUUAUGCUGGGUCCUGUAUGUGGUGAUAAGUUUAAUUUUUCCUGUGUAUAUAUAUGCCAAAUGGAAUAGCAAAAAUAUAACAAAGGACAAAUAUUUUGGAUUCUGUUCUACUGCAGGUAGUGACAAAAUCACUUACUCAAUAUAUACAGUAUUAUUUGUAUUCCCUGAAGUUUUAUUUUCUGUGCUCAUAAUCUGGGGGAGUGGUUCCAUAAUUUUCUUUCUCUAUAGGCACAAGCAGCAGGUUCAAUACAUUCGCAGCACUAUGGUUUCCCUCAGAUCCUCCCCCGAGUCUAGAGCUACACAAAACAUCUUUGUCCUGGUGUGCACAUUUGUGAUUUUUUACACUCUCUCCUCCCUAUUAUAUAUUUAUGUUGCUUUCACGUAUAAUCCCAGUGUGUGGGUGAUGAACAUCAGUGCUCUCCUUUCUGUGUCCUUUCCCACGGUCAGCCCCUUUGUUGUCAUGAACCGAGACCCCACUGUACCUAGGCUAUGCUUCAUCUGGAUAAGAAAUACAAAGAGUUGUAAUGUAACUGGGAGAAAGCCUGGUUCAUGUAAUAGUUAA